AAAACUUUUUGUUUGACCCGGGAAAAUUAAAAACUUUUGACCAACUACUUCGACUAGUUCAUUGUCUUUUGUAAAGGGCCCUCUUCACUUUGAGGACAGCAUCAUGGCAGACAGUAUUGUUCCCGAUCUUCAUUGCGAUGAAGUACUAUUACCUGAUGAUGAACUUCGACUAGAUGAAACUUUCCUUGGAGAAGCAGGCCCUGGGGUCUUCUAUAAGCAGACUACUCUACCAAGAAGCACAGUUGUCUUUCCAGCUGAUGAGCCACAGUAUUGCCAUGCUGUUCUACCAGCACCGCGUGGUAACAUUGAGGUUGGAGAAACUUCCUCGCGUGUUGAUCCUGAUUGUGAAGAGCAUCUUCUUUUUGAGGAUGCUCAAUAUGUCCCAUCAAUGUCACACGAAGACAUGACUUUGAUUCAGCAAAGCUCAGCAGCUCCUCACACCACUGAAGUAAACGAGUUUCAUCUACCGACCGGCACUGUCCACGCAGCAUGUCUGACUCCUUGUCAUCCCCAAACACCAACCGAGGCAUUCACGCAGAGGGAACCUGACUCGACCUUGCUGACCUUGCUUCUGAAACAUCAACGAUCUUAUCUUCAGAUGAAAGAAUCGGUAGGUAGCAACAAGAGCUGCAAUGAGCUAGAGUCCAGCAGCCAUUGGCAUAGCGACCUUCUGUUUGAUGACGUCUGCGAUUGCGAUGCACACCUUGUUCCAAUCACAAGAUGGGAUGUAGAAGAAUAAAAACACCCACAGAAAAAGAAAAAAAUCCAUGAUGCACGGUGCACCGCGGUG